GGGAAAAAGUUAAUAAGACGAAUCUCAGUGUUAUCAUGUCGUUGUCCGACAGGAUAGAUGUGGAGUCACAUUUUAUCCGGAGAACAUCACUGCAGUAAAAUGAGUCGUCCAUUCGGCUUCCGAUCAAGGAUUAGAUGACAUCCCCAAAGCGACGUCAGGCAGGAUCCAAUGGCCGUACCAUCUGCCACUUGAAUUUUCUCGAGACACCCCUUACCGACGGUAGGCUGAUUGACGAAUUGGAGAGACUUCGUAGGUACUGCUUCGCCGAGUCUGCCGAUGCUGAUCGUACAAAAAAUCAUUACGAAAAAGGAUUGAGAAAACUACGGAUGAUAAUUCGUAGAAUACCCCCUGAGGAAAUAGAGUCGCAAAAUCCGAGGGAGCUUGUGCAUUGUUCAAUUAAGUUACUGAUACACUUUCAAAAUGUUCUUUAUCACAGAGAAUCGCUCUGCAACUGGAACGAACGUCGGCAGUAUCGAAUGGCAAGGAAUUCCUACCUAGAUCUGUUGAGCCUGUUUAUGAAGAAGAAUGAAUCCGAAGUCAUUCGAGCUGUGAUCAGUGUAAUGAACGAAGAGAACCUCUUCGAGUAUCCCGAUUUGUCUUUGGACUUGAUAACCGCUCCGGUCAGUCUUGGAAUAUCCGGAUCAACGGUGGUGAACGAGCUCUGGAACGAAGUUGAAGAGCCAACAACGCCGGUCGAGAUCGCGCGUUCGAUAGUUUGCACGCUCUACGAGUUUAUGGACACUUACGACUGGCCUGAAACCGUCUCAACUGUCGUUGCCCUGGAAAGACUGCUCGGCAUUUAUCGUGCCAGUAUUGGCGAAGGCGCUAACACCUCACCCUACAAGCAGUUCAAAAAAGGGCUGAAGGUCUGCGUCCAACGGACCCUGGAGCAUCUUUCAAAUGAUCACAUCCUCGUCGUGAUUCGACACAUGUGUUUCUGGUCCGUGGAUCAAACGGUGAGCGACGAGGACGUCUUGGACUUUGGAAGCAGCUUGGAAUACGCGGCCUACAAACACGCGACGAAACUGUUCGAAGACACCCUGACUCCGGACGUAUUCUCGCUCCUGACACGGAUGAUUGCCUCCUCCAGCCGUCUGGUCAGCCUGCUGGGUAACAGAGUAAUGCAGUACCUCAUCGACAGGGGUGGAAACAGAACGCGGCUCGAAACGCCACAGAUAUUUUUCGAGGACACGGAGUACGAGCUGAACGUAAGCCCGUACCAUCGAGAAGACAAGAUUUUCCUGAAGAACAACCGCGCCGAACUUCACGAAUGCUUGAUCACGGGAAUACUAAACCAUUGCUCGGCUCGGCUCAAUCUUGAAAUGUCCUACUGUACCAUUUGCCUCGUCGCAAUUGAAGUGCCUUGUGGCUUCACGGCUGCGGCGCUCGUUUGUCUGGCCAUGAAUCUUCAAGAUCUAACUACGGAGCGCGACGACCUGAGGCGGGAAGUUACCUUCCACGUCCACGCCUGCGUCGUGGCCAUACUAUCCCUACUUUGCUGGAUUCACGGUGCGAAGGUGUUCUACCAGUACGUCAACAAGAUAGUGAUGGAAAGGGCCCGAUGGGCCCCACAUUUGAAUCCACCCAUACAGUCUCACUACUCUUUCGCGACCCAUCACGUGCUCUGGGACAAACCGGAACUGUUCUUCGUUGACUGGGAGGCCCGAUACGGUUUGUGGAAGUGUUUCCGUUUGUUGGAAAGCUGAU